CUAGUGCAUGCCGAGUUGUUAUGUGUAUGUGAACCCAAUUUGAUAACACAUGAGCCCAAAGAACGCGUUACUAAAGUAGUAGUAGUAGUGGCCCGUAGUAGCGUAAAGGUUCGAGAGGGUUGCGGGGUUUUGUGUAUACGCGCGUGAAAAAUAAAGUGCCGACACGACGGCUUGGCGCCCUCAUCAGGGCAUGGCGGCCGCCACGUACCUGCCGGUCAGUAGUGCUGUUACCUCGGAUCUGGACGGGAACAGUGUGGUCGGCAUGAACAUCGUCGGAGGCUACCAUGCUAGUGCAUCACCCAGAUCCGCGGCCGACGCCAGCGAAAUGAAAUAUUUACCACAACACCACCAUCAUCACCAUCACCAGAUGGCCAGCUCACCGUCGCCUAAUGGUCAUCCCGUAUCACUGUCGGCGGCAAAUCCAUGGGUGAGCUUGCAACCUGGUGCAGAUCCAUGGGCCGCCUCGAUGGCCGGCAUGCACCAUCCGCAUCACCAUCAUCCCCAUCAAGAUGUCAAACCGCUCACUCAACAAGCUGACAUGAUGCACAGGCAGCAGCAACAGCAAAGUAUGGGCUCACCUCAUGCAUGGCAUGCACCUGUAUCGUCGGCUCAUUACAAUCCCGGCGGAGCAGGCUCACCGCUGCAGCAAUAUCAUGCAGCGAUGAACGGGAUGCUAGCUCAUCAUCAAGCUGCUCCCCAGCUCCAUCAUCUUCCGCGGGAUAUGCAGAGUCCGCAUCAUCCGCAACAUUCCGAUCGCGAUGUCGGUCCAGGAGACGAAGAAACACCAACCAGUGACGAUCUGGAAGCUUUCGCCAAGCAAUUCAAACAACGACGGAUAAAGUUAGGGUUCACGCAAGCGGAUGUGGGGUUAGCGUUAGGAACUUUAUAUGGCAACGUGUUCUCGCAAACAACGAUAUGUAGGUUCGAAGCGUUACAGCUUAGUUUUAAAAAUAUGUGCAAGUUAAAACCGCUGUUGCAAAAGUGGCUUGAAGAGGCCGACUCAACGACGGGGUCACCUACGUCGAUAGAUAAAAUAGCUGCGCAGGGACGAAAACGAAAAAAGCGAACGAGCAUAGAAGUCUCGGUGAAGGGUGCUCUUGAGCAACACUUUCAUAAACAACCAAAACCUUCUGCACAAGAAAUAACAAAUUUAGCGGACAGUUUACAAUUAGAGAAAGAAGUGGUGAGGGUGUGGUUUUGCAAUAGGAGGCAAAAGGAGAAAAGAAUGACACCUCCUAACACGAUAGGAAACGAAAUGAUGGACGGUAUGCCUCCAGGUAGUCAUAUGCAUCCUGGAUACGGUCACCAUCCAGACGUUCACGGGUCAUCGCCGAUGGGUCAGCAUUCGCAUUCGCACAGUCCACCAAUGUUAUCGCCUCAGGGGAUGAGCCACCAGCUGACUGCUCACUAGCAUCCAGCCCGCUGGGCUUCUCUUUUGCAGCACAGCGAUAACGGUUAGCGCUCUAUCAUUCAACUAUCGUGUCUCCUCCUUAAGCUAUUAUGUGCCCUAUAAACAAUUAACCGACGAUGACGACGUUAAUAGUCAUUCGACGAAAAUGAAAACGAUUCCAGAGAUUUUCGUCCGUCGGAAAAUACGAAUGCAGACAAAUAGAAUAUCCGUUAACAGAAUAAGGAUCGAUCACUACCUGUAUAAAAAGGAUUCGAGUAUUAACUGAUAAGCGAUUCAAUUCGUUUUUUCGACUACCUCACUAAAAGUUAAUGCUUGAGCUGUUGAAAAGAAAAGUCCGGAUUUAUAUCGAGAGCUUUACUUAAAGAAAGUGCGAGUGCGACAAACUUGUAAAUAAAAUGAAAUGGAUGAACUGUAAAUAUUUCUAAAGAGAAGAAACAAGUGAUAAUGACGCUGUAACUAAACUAAGUGUAAUAUAAUGUAGAACGUCAGACAUUGUACAUAUACAUGAAACAGUGGACCCUUAUACGAUAUACAUAAGUAGCGACGCAUACCGCCGUGAUUUAAAAAAAUUCACUCACCAAUAACAAACAAAAAAAUCAGA